UUUAGUUCUUAGAGCAAGGAAUAAGAAUAAUGAUUUGCUGAAGACAGUGUUGCUAAACUUUUCCAAAUUAAAUUAGCUACUAUAAAUUACUAAAUCCUAAAACCCAACUAAUACCUAUUUAUUAUUACUUCAUAUAAAUAUCUCUCUCAGAAUUAAUUAAUCAAUCACAAGAGUGAUGGCACAAGUGUGGUGAACAUAGUGUUGGGUCGUGCAUACCAAGAACUGAAUCUGACAUUGGGAUUCAAGGAUGAUAUGCAGAUGAUGGCUGAAAAGCUCCCGAUGAUCAAUAGCAUAUUGACUCAUGGAAAAAUGAAGCUGAGAAUAUACGUGAUUUGAUGGCCUAUGAGAAGGUCCGACGGGGGUUGGGUUGCAAAAUUCCAAUCCAAAGAAGGAUCCGAUUCUUUUUCUCAUCAUCUAACCCCAUAAUCGGAUAAGUUCACUGAACAAGAGUGGGCAAGAAGGUCAGAGCUUGGCCACUACUGUGGCUAACAUGCAAACCCAUAAUGCUAGUGCUACAGCAACAGCAACAGCAACAAACUCACGAUCUACAACAGAUAAGAAAAUAUGUUCAAGUCUCAAAUGUUGUAGGAAGACAUGCGGAUGAAGAUGAGUUAGUGAAAAAGUUAUGCAACUCUUCUAAUCUUCACAAUCAACAAAUCACUGUGAUCGCUCUUGUUGGCAUAGGAGGUAUGGGCAAAACUGUGUCAGCAAAAAAAGGUUUGAGAGAAUGUGCAAGUAUAAGCUUAUUUUACAUACAGAAUAUGGGUUGUGGUUUCUGAAGAUUUCAGUAUUACCAAAAUUUUCAAUGACAUGCUUGCGUAUGUUGACGAGAGCAAAGGUGGUGGUGGUGAGGAAUAUGUUAUAAGAAAACUUAGAGAAAUAUUAAGUGGGAAAAGAUAUUUGUUGGUGCUUGACAAUGUCUGGAAUACUAAACAUGAUCUUUUGAGUGCAAUGAAAAGUUCAUUGGAAAGUAUUGACGGUUCCAAGGAAAGCACGAUUUUGGCAACAGCUAGAGAUAAUGUUGUUGCUAACACAAUGCAAGCUUCAAUCUUUCCAUUGUCGAAACUCAAAGAUGAUAAUAGUUGGUCCUUGUUCAAGCAAGUUUCCUUUUCAAACACAUCCCAAUUGCAAGAGGAUGUUUCUACGUUGGAGAGCAGAGCAUUGGUCUUAAUAUUGUGAGCAAAUGUAAUGGGGUUUUGGCGAUUAAAACAAUUGGGGGAAUCCUGCGUUCCAAAACAAAGGCAUGGGAAUGGAUGGAUAUUGGAAAAAGUGAGUUAUGGAAUUUACCGCAAGAUGAGGGUGGGGGAAUCCUUAAAACUUAGCUUCCACCAUUUGCCACAUCCAUCUUUGAAGAAAUGCUUUACUUUAUGUACCAUUUUUCCGAAGGGUAUGAGUUUCAGAACAUACCAUGUAAAAGAUAGAUGGAUGGCUUUGGGCUUUAUCCAACUUGAUGACAGAAGCUUAACAAAUGUGGAGAAAGAAGACAUCGCUGAACAAUAUUUUGAGUAUUUAUUGAGCAUCUCCUUUUUGAUGGUAGAUACAUUGAACGUACAUGGAGAAGUAUCUCAUUAUAUUUUGCAUGAUCUAGAGUAUGAACUUGCUAGAUCGCUUAAUAUGCAUGAACGCUUUAUUUCGGAAGUUGGUAAGGAGGUGAAUAAUGUUCGCUCGCCACAUUCAGCAUUUAACAGGGGCGGACAAAAAUGUGGAUAUAACUCCGAAUUUUCCAUCUAUAUUCCAACUUCAAAACUUGCACUCUUUAGAUAUCUUUAUGAAUCGUCAAGGAAGAUUGUUAUUGAGACAUGUCAAGUACUUGCGUAUAUUAUGUUUGGCUGAUACAGGUUUAGAAUUGCUACCUAAAUCAAUCGCCAGAUUGAAAUGUUUGAAGUUCCUUGAUUUGGCUUGUAAUCCAGUAACAGUUCUCCCCGAAUGGAUCACUGAACUAUAUAACUUACAGAGCUUAUAUCUUUUUGGGUGUAAAUAUUUAUCAGAUUUACCUCGAGGAUUGGGAAAUCUGGUAAACUUACAACAUUUUGGCUUGAGUUUUAAUUACUGUCCAGCUGAAGGAUUGAUUCGACAAUUGAGUCAUCUUCAGAUUCUUCCGGCUCUUCAGUUAAGCGAAGGGGGAUUCCAGAUUGUUGAGUUAGAAAACUUGCAUCACAUAAAAAGGGGCUAUUUAUCAAUCAAAGGGCUUCAACUCGUCAAGAGCAAGCAAGACGCUGAAAAGGCUCAUUUGUCAUCAAAGUUAAGAGUUGAAUAUUUGUCCUUAGUUUGGGAUAAUGAAGACAAUCACACAAAUCAUGAUGAGAUUUUAAAAGCAUUGCAUCCCAACCCUCAUCUUAAGAAGCUUUUGAUAAAAGGAACACCAAAAUGUUGCACUCCUUCAAAAAAUUCAACAUGCUGAUUGUGGAAAAUGCAAGCAAUUGCCAACAUUGGGAGACUUGCCUUAUCUUAAGAUAGUAGAGAUCACAAAAAUAGAUAGCUUGAACUUCAUAAGUCCAGAGUUGUAUUGUGGUGCUGAAUCAAUAUUGCACAAUGACAUUGAAUCAACUGGCAGUAGCGGCUCAAGAUCUCAGGAGAAGCCAAUGGUGUAUUUUCCAUUUGUGUAUUUGAGAAUCUAGAAGACCUUCCCGAUUGGAUUCAAAAUCUUUCAUCUCUGGUGAUGUUGAGCUUUUUAGGAUGCAACAAGUUGAAGAAACUAGCCUCAUCGGAAGCAAUGGAGCGGCUCUCCAAAUUAAAAUUUUUGAUUAUUCGAGAUUGCCCCUUGUUCAAGCCCAAUGUCUCGGAGCAUCAAAAGAUUGCACAACUUCAUGUUGAUAUACUUGCACCUUCCACCUCAUGAUGAGGUUUUGGAAUUUCAGAUUGGUGGAGGACCAUGCAAGAUAUAAGAAGCUAGUUUUAUAAGUUUGUAUUUCUGUACUUUUUCGUGGUUUGAUUGUAUUAUGAACUAUUUUAAGGGUGAGGCUUUUCCCCCAUUUUUGUGGGGGGUUUUUCCUUCCUUUUAUAUUUUGUACUUUCAUUUAUCAUUUUAUGUGUAUUUAUUGGUCUGAGGAAAAAAGAAGAUAAACUGAAUACUUUAUAUAUGGCAUAAAGGAGUGAAGUUUCUUUUUUUCA